GGUGAACAUCACAAGGUGGUGAAAUAGUGCAUUAUCUCUUGUCAAGGCCAAAGUUUGCAUUCCCACCGCAAGUCUCGACGAUGGCAACAUCCGACAAAUAUGACCGCCAGCUGCGUCUAUGGGGAGCGCGAGGGCAAGAAAAGCUCAUGGCCACCAAGCUGCUUCUGUUGAAUGCCGGGCCUACGGGAUCUGAAAUCUUGAAGAAUGUCGUGUUGCCGGGAGUGGGGUCGUUCGAGAUCUGCGACGAUCACAUCGUAUCCGAGUCAGAUCUAGGCAACAACUUCUUCGUAACGGCUGCCGAUCUCAAUCGUCCGCGGGCUCAAGUUGUGACGGAAUGGAUGCUCGAAAUGAACUCGGACGUCACCGGCACGUUUCUCGUCAAGCGUCCUUCCGACGUGAUUGCGAAAGACAUCUCGUACGUGAACGGGUUCAACUUGGUCGUUGCAACGCAGCUCGUCGAGCCUUCCUUGAGCGCGUUGGCCAAGCAUUGCCAAGAACACGCCAUCCCUCUCUUGGUGCUCCAUUCGUUCGGGCUCUUUGGGUACCUCCGCCUUCAGAUCCCCAACCACACAAUCAUCGACUCGAAGCCCGACACCCCCUUCCACGACUUGCGCCUCGCCAGUCCGUUUCCCGAAUUGCAGCAAUUCGCAGCGUCGUUUGACCUGGCCAAAUUGAACGCACACGAACAAAGCCAUGUGCCGUAUGUUGUCAUUUUGAUUCAAUGCAUUCAAGAAUGGCAAGCAAGUCACCACGGCGCCUUCCCCAAGAACUUUGGGGAAAAAGACGCGUUUAAACAGUGCAUCCGAUCCAAAUGUCAUGGGUCGUUUGGCCAACAAGUGAACUUUCAAGAAGCCUUUGACAAUGCGUUUAAAGCGUACAGCCUUCCCAAUGAUGCGAUUCCAGACGAAGUGACCAGCGUGCUCCAGUAUGCGUCGUCGUUAGCUGUGACGCCAACCACUCCGUCGUUUUGGGUUUUGGCGCGAGCAGUAGCUGAGUUUGUGACAUCUCACGACAGUUUGCCGCUGAGUGGCCACGUGCCUGACAUGACUGCGUUCACACACACUUACAUUGCGCUCCAGCAGAUUUAUGUCCGCCAGGCGGCGGCCGACUGCGACGAAGUCUUGGCCACGGUAGAAAUGUUGCUCACGACCGCUGGAGGAGACCCCAAGAGAAUUGCACGGGACGAAGUGCUCGAGUUUUGCAAACAUGCGGCCAGCAUCCGAGUGGUGCAAACCAAACCGCUGGCCGACGAAUAUAAACAAGUGGAUUUGCAACAGGUGGAUUUUGAAGACGAAAACGCGACGCAAUCGCCCCUCAUUUGGUACUUUAUGAUCCGCGCCAUCCAAUCGUUUGUCGAAGAGUUUGGAAAGUACCCUGGCGUGGAUUCGAAUACACCGGCGGAAGCCCAAUGGCUGGUGGACAAGGCCCGUCACAUUGCCACGUCAUCGGCGACCUCUGCUGACACUUUCCCAAUUGAAUGGAUUACACUGGACCACGGAAUUGAAGCUUGCCGAAACAGCGAAGUCGAAGUGCACAACAUUUCUGCGAUACUGGGCGGGGUGGCGGCCCAAGAAGCGGUCAAGGUGAUCACCCACCAAUUCCUGCCCAUGAACAACACGUACAUUUUCAAUGGCAUCACCGGAUGUGCGGCCACGUAUAUGCUUUAAACAACCGACUUUACUUUGUCUUCAUA